UGUGAUCUACAUGAUGCUAAUGAUUCUAAUUUUGUUCAAAUAUCAGUGAAAAUUCCUGUUUUUCGUUCUUUCAACGAUACUAUCUCAAAAAUAAUCUCAAAUUAUACCCAGGGAAUUGUUACAAAUAACGAAGACAUGCUACUUAGCUACUCACUAAAAAAUAAAGCUAACAAUUACUCUUAUGAUACCGAUUGUGAUCAAAAAGUUGCUUUCACAAAUCCCUCCUUCUUCGAACCGUUGUUUUCUGAUCGUAAUGAUAAACUGAGACUGGAAACCACCAAUGCAAAUGCUGUUGAAUUUAAUGCUCAGAAUCAAGCCCCAGAUCACCGGCCCUACUCAAAAAUUAAAAUUCACGAUGUAGCUGAUCUCAUAUUCGAUGUUCGUGGAUCCUCAGCCAGUUUUUAUGAAAAAACAGAUCAUCUAAAUUCAUGGAAAAAUCUCAAAUGUGGUACAACAAACAGAUCAAUAUUGAAAAACAGACAAAACCAUAACAUUCAACAGGAGUAUUUAGGAUUGCAGGAGUCUGAUACAAUGCUAUUAGAAAAAUGGCUUAAUUAUUAUAACAACUAUGAAAAUGAUAGAAAUGAAAAUGAAUCCUUAUUUUCUGAUUACAGAAAAAGACAGAUUAGCAAUUAUUAUAAUUCAAUUUAAAGGGCUCUCUUUUUUAUAAAAAAAUAAUUAAACAAAGCAAACAAAAUAAAAAUCAGCUAUAAAUUACAUCUAUUCAUUUUCUCCUUCUUAUAAUCGCAUGAGAU